AUGUCAAAACUAAUUGAUUGGUUUCGUGAAUACUGCGAAAAGACCACGGCUCAUGGAAUGCGGUAUUUUGUGAUGAAGCACAGAUCGCAAAUAGAAAAGUUUGUAGAAAUGAAAAGUUAAACAAAAUUAACGAAAUUUCAGUUCGAAAUAAUGAUCUGAUGUUUAAAAAUCAAACACUUAAAAAAUAAUUACAUUUUUUUUUUUAAGCUAUAUGAUGAGUAAUAUAAUAUUAACAAUAUAAUAAAGUUAAUAAAAUUGUAAAAAAAAUAUGUACAAAGUAAACUUACGUAAACUUACAAAAAUAAAACAAAUACAACAUUUUACAAUUAAAUUGAAUUUGAAAUUUGAACUAUUAUUUAACUAGUGCGGGUUUGAAAUAAUAUUUGAAUAAGUUCGGUUCGACCUUAAUAAUCAGAAUCAAAUACAUCACUAUGUGAAUAAGUUUGCAUAUUUAUUAAAACCUGAUAUUUAUUUUAAAAUAAAUUGUAUAUUGACAAUCAUGAAGUGAACUGGAAUACUAAUUUUGUUGAAAAAUGUAUAUAUUUUCCUUUGUAUAAUAUUAUGUUUUCAAUUUUUUGCCCUCAGUUUUAAAUUGCAAGUAUCUAGUUUUAUUGUUUUGCCUAUAUGUACAACAUAUACAAUACGCAUAACACAUAUAUUUAUAUUUAGUUUUUUUUUUAUUAUUGUUUUCAAUGACACGUUAUUAUUAUUAGUUCAUUAGUUCUAACAUUUUUUACCGUUAUCAAUAUAAUAUGUUAUAGGUAAUUUAUUUAUCAUAAUUUUUUAUUAGGUUUUUGUUGAUUUAUUAAUAUUCUGGUAGAUACGUUAUUUGAAGUAAAAAUUUGAUAAAUUCUUAAUGUAUUACAAAUUACGAUUAUUGUAGAUUGUAAAAAUAUAGAAUUUAGACUUUUUAACGAUAUUUGAAAUAGUUAUAAGUAUACUUUUUCAAUAUUUCAAUUGGAUUCGAUUGGAUAUUUCCAUGAUUGUUGCAUCCAAAUCUUUAAUAAUAAAUAACAAUUAUGGUCUCCAAUAUAACGUGAUAAAACCUUUGUCAUUUUCAACGGAAAUAAAAUUAACAGUAAUAAUAUGUAUUAUGUAUACGGCAAUCAUAUAGGAUUUUCAAAUUAUGCAUUAUAUUUUUGAGAAUAUAAGUAUGAAGUACCAAAGCUCCUUUGCUCUCAUCACUGUAACGCACAUUAACACAUAAAAUAAAUGUAAUAUUUCAGAGUGUAUUGGAUAGUGGUAUUGAACUGCAUGAUAUUGGCUGCGUUUUAUGUUUUGAUAUUAUUAUCUAAUAUUUGGAUUAAUAAUCCUGUGGUAUAUUUCAUCGAAAACACGGAAUCGGAAAUUAAAGAGUUACCUUUUCCGUCGUUUAGAGUUUGUCCAGUGAACCAAGUGCGAAAACGGGUUUUGGGAAGCGAUGGAACCACUAACAGUUCGUAUGGGUAAGUUAUAGGUUUGAAUAAACUAUUUAGGUACUUUCCCCUUGUAUGAUCCAGCCAAAGGAUACCAUAUGCCACAUUAAUAUUCACUACAGAGACGUAUAAUAAACAUGACAAUUAUAUGUAACAAUAAAAAUUAACGUUUAUACAUAAUUUCGGCUUCUUGCAUUAUAUAAUAUUUGAUUGUGUUGUUCGAUACAUCCACAUAGGAUUUAGAUUUGAAAUUUCAAAAGCUUCUACAAGAAACCAGGAGUUAAAUAUGCAUUCACAAAAAUAAUAAUACUGUAAAAGAUAUUGUACGAUACUGUAAUUUAUAGCGCCAAUAAUUUAUAUAAAAUACAUACCUAUAACAGUAAAACGGUGUAACUACUAUUAAAACACUCUAUUUUAUUCAGGGAGGAUCUUGACAAAUUUAUGUCUUUAAUCUGUUCUUCGAACACUUACACCGCGUCCGCAAUGAAGCAACACUCAAUGGAAUACGUUGACUACGAUGUAUUCAAAAAAUGGGUGAUUGUGAGUAUUUAAAUAGGUACAUUCAAUUGCUAUUUAUUUUAACAGCGAAACAAAAGUUCAAACACAAUAAAUUAGUGAUAAUUUACUGUGUAAUUUAUUGAACUGUACUCUAAUACUUGCAUUAAUACUUCAUAUUCGAUUACGUUGUAAUCGGCAAUAAUUUUAUUAAAACAGGAUUAUUCUGUAAGCUGUCCAGAAACGUUUCAAUCUCAUGUUAAUUGGCAAAAUACUACGAUUCCGAAUAUUUGUGAUUUUGUUCAACCGUCACUGAUCAUAACUGGAAUAUGUUUUACACUUAAUACGAUUCCGAUGUAUCAAAUGGUUCACGAAGAAUAUUAUCAGAGGUAAAAUGAAUACAAUUUUAAAACAUUCCCUUUUUACUUUUAAGUUUAAAAUAUAACGACACUAUUGGUUAGGUUAGGAUAUAGGAAUUGCUCAACCAAAUAAAAAUGCUUGAAAAUUUAACACGAGGUACGCUACUAGUUAACUACUCAUUUAAUGUUCAAAAUAAAAAAAAAAAUUCAAAUAUCUAGAUUCAGAUAGAAAUUUAUUGUUCUUCGCUUAAUAAUAUCAUCUUAAUUAAAAAUAUUAAAUACGUUUUCCGUUCUAUUUUUAAAGCUUAACGACUAUGGGACUUUACUGAUUUUACCCCAUGUUUUUGUUUUUGUCUUAUAUCGUUCAUAUCCUGUGUAAUUGUCGAAAUACAAUAAUUUCCAUUAAAAUUUCAAUAAUAAUAAUUAUAGUAAAAUAUUAGUUGUGUAAUCGCUAUUUUUUGUAAGUGUUAGGUUAAGUUAGGUAUAUUAUAUACAGUUGUAUGAAAAAUAAAAUUCACGUGCACUGACUUGUCACUGUUGAUUUGAAUUUUCCAACGUCUCGUCCAAUUAAAGAUAUUGUUGGUUGAGUUCUGUAAGUUUUAGUCACAGUCAGCUAGUUCUUAAUAGUUGUUAAAAUUUCCGCAUCGUCAGCAAACACACCGGUUAUUCAUGCAUUGUUGGUAUCCCUACCAACAACGGCUGUGUAGAGUAAGUAUGAAUAGGUCGUAGGACGUAACUUUUUAUUCCAGCCUAAAUAUUUUUCAAAUUUAUUAUCGUUUCGUCGAGCAAUACUCGAAACUGUCAUUCGAUCAAAUAGGAUUCAAGAAAUGCGAAUCAAGUGUGUGGUCAUUGUUUUCGUAAUUUUAUGAGUAGUCCUUUAUGGCAAACUUGGUCAAGAGAUUGGACCACAUUUAUAAAUACUUUGCAGCAAUACUUUUUUUCCAGCGCCUUGCUAAUCACGCUUGUGACGUAAUAAACAUUGUUAAUAAUUGAAUGUUUGAUUCGGAAUCAGGUAUUAGGUGUUUUUCUUCUAUUAGUGGUUUUAAUCACCUAAGAAGAAGCUUUUUAAAGAACUUUAACAUGCUUCGUAAAAGUGAUAUUGUUGUGUAUGAAUUAGUUCGCAUAGCUAAGUCAACCUGGUUUCAAUAGCAUAAUUCCUUGUGCCUUUUUCUACUGCUUUGGGACAUAUUUCUACAAAUAGAAUGGUAUUGUAUAUAUAUGAGUAAAAAAAAAUAAUAACCUUCUUUGGCAGUUUUUUAAAAUAUACGUAGAUUGAUAUCGGCGACCCGGUCGUUUUGUUGUGUUCGUAUUAGUGUCGAUUUCAUGAGCAACUUCUAGAGGUGGGAAGUAUUGUAAUUUUUUUAUUUUUACAUCAAGUGGUUGGAAUUGUACCAUAUCGAACUUGGAAACGAUAUUAUUCGGUUGAUAAACACGCUUAAGGUGUUUAGCAAUCAUAAAUAAUAUGUUAAAAAUCAAAAAGAAAGUCAGAUUUGAUUGAUAUAUUAUUAUUUAUCUCAGGACAAAAAUACCUGCUACCGAUACUCGAUAGUGAUUAUUACGGCACUAGGAAUAAAUAUUUCACGAAAUUGUACUGUAUUAUAUUAUCAGGUACUUGGAAUUUUUUUCGGAAAUAAAUACAUUCACGGACACUAGAAUUUCAAAGUGGAAUUUAGACGAAGGAUACUCGAUGUAUUCAGGCAAGGACGAUUUAGUGUCAAAUCAUUACCUUGUGAUACCUGCUCGGACCAGCGGAGCAAGCUACUACCAUCGAUUUAGAAUGGUAUUAUACUCGUUACAGAAAGAUGAAAUACAGAGUUGUCCUAACACUGAUCUGGCCGACGGUAGUUUUUUGGUGCGUAUUUUGUUUUUACCAUAUAGAUAAGUGUCGUUUGAAUGAUUGCAAUGCGUUGUGUUGAGGAAAUGGUGGCUGCCAAGAAAGUAUCUAUAAAAAAAAAAAGGAAAAAGGCAACGGUCCACAAAAUAUAAACAAUAUUUUUUUUAAUUCUGAGCGAAACGUGGGAUAAAUUGGUUUCUAACCUAACCUAUUUAACUUAUUUGGUUUCAUGUGGUCGUAAUUUUUUUUGUUCAAAAAAAUUGUCAAUAAUUUACAUCAGAUUUAUAAUAAGUUUUAAUGAGUGUUAAAAAAAAUAUUUCUCGCAUUGUUGAUUUUUUUUUUUUAUGAGUAAAAAUCCAAGCAUUUCAAAAUAUAUUUUAACCAAAUUUCGCUUAGAAUAUUCUUUUGCUAACAAUAAUUUUUCGUUAUAACCUAAAUCUCUCUCUUUCUUUAAACAUAGAUAUAUUAUUAACUUUCUUCUUACAACUGCAAUACCACACUUAUCAGCUCUUGUCUUUUUUGGUUUUAUUAGAUUACAUUAGCUAAUCCGAUGGAAUAUUCUUCAAUUAACGUUAGAUCAUUUAUCCUACCGGACACAUACACACGAAUACAAGUUACUCCGUUCGUGAAGAAAAUGAAUUGGUGUUUAAAGUGGCGAUCACUGGAAACCAGAAAAUGUUAUUUGCAAAACGAGAGAAAGUUGUCAAUAUUCAAAAUGUAUACCGAAAGUAAUUGUAAUUACGAAUGUAUGAUCAACGAAACCAUUUCCAUGUGUGGCUGUAUUUUGUUCGAGGCAGCUUGUAAGUUUAUAUUAUUAUUUAUUUAAUUUUUACUUUUAUUGUACAAACAAAAAUAAACUAUAUUUUUGUAUUUUCUAAUAGAUUUAACAAAAGGCGUGAAAUUAUGCGGUCCUGCGAAAAAAGAUUGCAUACUCAGAGCUAUACGUAAUAAUAGAUUUUUACAUUUUUAA